UGUUUCGCAAUGAUGAACCUAACCUCGAAAUUUUUGUAUCAGCUUGAUGCGACCUGUUGAAUUGUAAAGUAUCCCGUCCAGUAGUAGUGAUUUAGUGUGUCGAUAAUUUAAAAUGUCACAAUGGGGGGAGAUAGCAGGAAGACAUUCUGAUAGCACACAUAAUCAACAGCUUCAGCCUAGCCAAAGCCGUCCACAGAGAAUAUCCAAGACGGCCAUGACUCUCAAUUACACCGAGCAAUUGGCUCCCCUGUACCCGGCCCUGACCAAAACCCAGGUCAGAGCUGCCCUGGUACUGACCAAUAACGACUUGCACGAAUGCCGAUUGCUUCUCGAUAUGAAAUCCGAUUUCGUGGAGCUGAAGAAGUCCUUCCGCAUGCCCAGUCACUUCCGGAAGAUCGGGUGGAACCGCUGGAACGACGUUGGUUUCAGCUUUCGUGGCAAGAAGACUCCUGAAAACGCAAGGAAGUCGCGCGGAGGGGUCAGGAGGUGUCAAGAGAUGAAACCGUUCCAGAUUAGUCGAAGAGUGAACGUGAAGAAAGAAGAUGGAGGAGGAAACGAGGUGAUUCCUUCUUUUUGUGAUCUGUCGUCUGGGUGCGCCACGUGUCCUUCAUGCAAUGGAAAGUUCAAGGGAACCGGCUCUUCGCCCUUAACAGAAAAUCAGAAGGAGUGGUUGGAGAACAUGCAGAAGAGGGGCACUCCUAAGAAAAAAGUGGGCAUUGUCAUUGUUAGAGACCAAACCGGCUACAAAGUUGCUCCUUUAUAGAGGAAAAGACUGAUUCCUUAUUGUCAUUAUUGUGUGUUGAACCUUUUUAUUUUGUGUUUUGUAUAAAAGAAUUUUAUUUUUGUUAUAUUUUUACAUAUUUUGACAUGUUCUUUGUAGAGUUUAGUAAAUUGGAUUGUUCAUAAUGCAAUAUUGAGUAGGCAAAUACAUUCCAAUUUCAAUGGUUGUGAUAUUUUUUGGGAAAAGGGGGAAAUUUUACUGCUAUCAUCAAAUGAGUUGGCAGCUACAAUCAAUUGUCACCGAAAUAUACAAGAUAAAGAUAUCCAAAAAAGCUCAAAAAUCUUUCAUUACACUAAUUUUUCGAAAUGAAUACAACAUUUGAUCAACAAACUGAAAGAAAACUUAAAAGAUUGUGAUUGUAAUAGUUUUUAUAUUUUGCCGAAAAGAAACCUCUGGAGUGAAAUAAAUUUAUUCAUUUCUAUCAGCUCUUGAUGAUGUUAACUUGUUGAACGAAACGCCCCCCAAGCGACAGUGUUUUUGUUCCGGUGUGAGAAUAAUAUUUUCUUCAGGGUAUAUCAGUUGUCAAUUGAUAACUGUUGGCCUGAUAGCCUUAGUUGCUGAGGCCAUUGAAUC